GUUCGCGACCCACAGCGAAGCCUAGAUCUCGUGGGACAAGUUGGCGAACCCGGUGCCCGAUUGCCAGGCGCUACGCCGCUGCGUGUCCCUGCUCUCUUCUCUUCUUUUCAUUGGUGUUGCUGUGGUCUAUGAGUGCUCGAAGCAUGGAUGGCGCUGGUUUGCCGGCUUCAAAUUCCACAAACGCUCCGCACGAACACUCCUACUCGGGCCGCGGCUCCUAUGCGUACUGCUGCGACUGUCCCUGCCUCUCGACCACAUCCAAUAUACCUUUUUUUGGUUGUGAAUUCAAAACUGUUGUCGAAAGUCCGAUGUCAGCACUAAAAGUACUUAUCGCGCAUAGGUGCAUUAGAU